GUCCGCCGUCCCUCCUCCCGCGCCGCGGCCGCGCUUCCUGCGUCUGCAUCCCGUUCCCGAGCGGGCGGUGCACCUUCUCCCCCGACCCCCGGAGCCCCCAGCCCCGGGAUCCCCGCGCCCGGAGGAGGCAGCCCGUGGAGCCCCCAGCACCCACCGCCCGGCGGAGGCCGAGCGGGACCCGCCGCCCCGGCGGGUCCUCGCCGAGGUCGGAGCAUGAGGAGUUGUCCGCAGGCCUUUCGGGAGCCCCCAGGUAACAACAGGCUCCGGCCGCAGCUGUCCACACGGAUGCCUCGCCUUGGCCCGAGUUCUGCUGUCUUCUUAGGGCGGCGCUAGGGAUCCUGUUCAGUGCGUUUAGGGGUUUUUGGUGGUGGCGGCGGCGGCGGCUGCUUUUUUUAAAAUUUAUUUUCUUCCUUGGACCCGGGCCCUGCCCUGCUCCCGCGGGCACGAUGGCCCAGUCCAAGGCCAACGGCUCGCACUACGCGCUGACCGCCAUCGGCCUGGGGAUGCUGGUCCUGGGGGUCAUCAUGGCCAUGUGGAACCUGGUGCCCGGGUUCAGCUCCGGCGAGAAGCCCCCGGCGCAGGGCAGCAACAAGACGGAGAUAGGCAGCGGCAUCCUCAAGAGCAAGACGUUCUCGGUGGCCUACGUGCUGGUGGGGGCCGGGGCGAUGCUGCUGCUGCUCUCCAUCUGCCUGAGCAUCCGGGACAAGCGGAAGCAGCGGCAGGGCGAGGAGAUGGCGCACAUCCAGCACCUGCCGGGGCCCGAGCCGCACGCCCCGGAGGAGGACAGCCAGGAGGAGGAGGAGGAGGCCUCCUCCAGGUACUACGUCCCCAGUUACGAGGAAGUGAUGAACACCAACUUCUCCGAAGCGAGGGAGCCAGACCACAGCCCGAGGCUGAGCAUCUCGCUCCCCUCCUACGAGUCCCUGACGGGGCUUGACGAGACGAGCCCCACGACCCCCAGGGCCGACGUGGAGGGCAGCCUGGGGCACCCCCCCGACAGGCAGAACUCCAAGUUGGCUAAACGCCUGAAGCCACUGAAAGUUCGAAGGAUUAAAUCCGAGAAGCUUCACCUCAAAGACUUUAGGAUCAACCUCCCGGACAAAAACGUCCCUCCUCCCUCCAUCGAGCCUCUGACUCCCCCGCCACAGUACGACGAGGUCCAGGAGAAGGCCCCCAACGCCCGGCCCCCCGACUGACGGCCCCUCUCUGGGGUGUUCCCUCCGGUCACUCACCCUCCGCACCACCAGACCCCAAUGAAGCCACUCCAGCCACAGUUGAGAAGCGAGGGGACAGAUGCGGACUGAGCAGUUUCGAAUGGGGGGUGUGGGUUGGGGAGUCCUGUGAUUCUGGGGUGACGCACGUCCACAGCACCUUUCGUCGCCGGCGCACUGGACAGAGAUGCCGACUGGGAUCUCGUGAUGCUGCGGGCCCCGUCGGGGGGAGGGGCGGUGCAUCUUCCCCAUCGUCUUUCCUCAACUGAAUCGGUGAUGGCGACAGCCUCUUUCCGACCAGGACAGGAUGCCUGGGGACGGGGGUAGAGUGUGGUUUGGUUUUGCUUCCACUGUGACUGUUUUGUUUCCAAAAGAAAAUAAGUUAUGCCUUCGCUUUCUUCACCGGAGCCCCGAACCACAUGUAGGAACUACGGCUCAGCUCGGUAGCAAGGGCAUGGGACCCAAACAGAGGGCUGGAUGACGCUGUGGGGUGAGGCCCGGGUGGGGCUCUCAGAGCCCUGACGCCGUUAGAUCUUUGAGGGCCCGAGGCCUGAAGAUGCUGAAGAUCAUAGUCGUAACCGGUACACUUGACUAGUCCCUCCCGUGUAGCGGCAGGAAAGCUGGAGGGGAUGUUCCCUUCCUUCCAAGAUGCCGUGCAACUGAGCGUUUUAUAAUAAAAUAUUUUAUAUGUA